UUUGCCAUCUUAUCGGGGUAAUACCCAAUCCAAUUUAUUGACCAAUUCGAGAUAGUCCCAAAGCUUUUCGCUGAUUGCAACGAUCCAUUCCAAAGAAAUUUUAGUAACUCCCAGAACAACAAAAUGAACAAAGCUCGAUCCGCGUUCGCCGCCGCCCUUCUUUUGCUGGCCAUCUGCGCCGCGAAUGCUGACCUGGAAGGCCGCAUUGUGGGUGGCGUGGACACCUCCAAUUACUUUGCCAAAUAUGUGGUACAGCUACGCAGACGCAGCUCCACCAGCAGCGCCUAUGCGCAGACCUGCGGCGGAAGCGUUCUGGACAGCCGGACGAUUGUGACCGCUGCCCAUUGCGUAUACAACCGACAGGCGGAGAACUUCCUGGUGGUGGCCGGGACCGACAACCGGGCUGGAAUGGAUGGCCUGGUGGUGCGCGUGGAGCAGCUGAUCCCUCACGAGAACUACAAUGCCACCACAACGGAUAACGACAUCGCUCUGGUGAUCGUCUCGCCACCGCUGCCGCUGACGGACGCCAGCAGGAUUGGAGCGAUUCAGGCAGCCACAGAGCAGCCGCCAGUGGGCGCAGUGGCCACUGUCAGCGGAUGGGGCUACACCCAGGAGAGCGGCCUGUCCUCCAAUAAGCUGCAGCAGGUGCAGGUACCGCUUGUGGACAGCGUUCAAUGCCAGGAUACUUACUACUGGCGACCCAUCAGCGAGGCCAUGCUCUGUGCAGGACUGCCAGACGGGGGCAAGGAUGCCUGCCAGGGCGACUCCGGCGGACCGCUGGUCGUCAACAAUCAGCUCGUCGGAAUCGUGUCCUGGGGCGAGGGCUGUGCCCGUCCCAAUACUCCCGGUGUCUAUGCGAAUGUGGCCCACUUCAAGAACUGGAUCGCCCAGCAACGGGCCAAACGGUUUCUAUGGUUUUUGUCGUCCAGUGUUAUAUACGCUCAUAAAGCGUAUCGCCCGGAGUAUUGCUCUACAAGUGCUAAAGGUAUCCAGAAUACAAUUUAUGGUACGAAUAUAGUUGACCGACUGCUUGAUAAGCCUUACAAUAGUCGGUACCGCCGCUGGGACUAUCAGUCCUCGAUUCUCCGCCAACUGUCGAACAUGUCGCGCUCAUUGCUGUCCAGCCUUUGUGCCCUGCUCUGUCUAGUGGCAGUGGCCAGGUCUAUGCCCGUGCACGAGGAUGAGGCGACCAGCCAGGGCCCACGCAUUGUGGGCGGCUACGUGACGGAUGUGUCCCAAACGCCCUACCAGAUCUCGCUGCGGUACAAGGGGAUUACGACGCCAACGAAUCCCUUCCGCCACAGGUGCGGAGGCUCCAUCAUCAGCAGUACGAUGGUCGUGACUGCGGCCCACUGCAUCAUUGGCACGGUGGCCAGUCAGUUCAAGGUGGUGGCCGGGACCAACCUGCUCAGCGGCACCGACGGCAUCAUCGUCUCCGUGUCGAAGAUCAUCAUGCACGAAGAGUACUUCUCUGGAGCUGCCUAUAACAACGAUAUUGCCCUGCUGAUUGUGGAUCCGCCGCUGCCGAUCAACAACUUCACCAUCAAGGCCAUCGAGUUGGCCUCGGAGCCCCCGCUGGCCGGUGCCGUCAGCAAGAUCAGCGGUUGGGGAACCACUUCCUCGGGUGGCGUUGCCUCCAACGUGCUGCUCGCCGUUGAUGUCCCAAUCGUGAGCAACGAGGACUGCAACAAGGACUACGAAGACUUUGGCGAUGAUACCUACCAGAUCACACCAGCCAUGCUGUGCGCUGGCGUACGUGGAGUGGGUGGCAAGGAUGCCUGUCAGGGUGACUCCGGCGGCCCGCUGGUCGUCCGCGAUCAGCUCCACGGCGUUGUUUCCUGGGGCAACGCCUGUGCCCUGGCCAACUAUCCCGGUGUCUACGCCAGUGUCGCGAACCUGAGGCCCUGGCUUGAUUCCAAGAUAGCGGAAGAAGCAAAUCUCGUUCGAUUCGAACCAGUUGCCUGUGCAAAUCGACCGCCAGUCCACAUCCCCAGCGGAACAAUGUGCAUCCGAGAGCUUCAGAUGAUGGGGCCGCUCCUGCUGCUGCUGCUGGCAGCAACAGGCUCCUCCGCCUCCGCCUCGGCCUUGGCCCAGCCGGAAGCGCGAAUCAUCAACGGCACCACAGUGGACAUUGGACGGCAUCCAUACCUGGUCUCCUUGCGGUAUCGUCGCACCGAGACGUCCAGCUACAUGCACGAGUGUGGCGCAGUGAUAUACUCUGAGCAGGCCGUGGUCACCACUGCCCAGUGUUUGUGGAACCUGCCGGAGGGCACCAAAGUACUGGCCGUGGCCGCCGCAAACACCCGCAAUGGCAGCGACGGACUUGUGGUCCCAGUCUCCAACUGGACGCUUCACCCCAGCUUCGACUACAUCACCGUCGACUACGACAUCGCCGUUUUGAUCCUGGAUUCGCCCUUGAAUCUAACCCGAUUCGGCGUUCGCUCCAUAGGCAUUCGACCGCAGCGUCCGGCCGUGGGGCGGCUGGCCACAAUCGCCGGCUGGGGCUAUCGCGAAGAGGGGGGCCCCUCCAGCUACCGGCUGGAGCAGGCUCAAGUGCCCAUCGUCAGCUCGGAGCAGUGCAACCAGAUCUACGGCACUGGUGAAGUCACCGAUCGAAUGGUCUGCGCGGGAAAUGUGGCUCAGGGUGGUAUUGAUGCCUGCCAAGGCGACACCGGCGGUCCACUGGUCAUCGACGACCAGCUGGUUGGCCUCGUGUCCUGGGGGCGCGGCUGUGCCCGUCCUGGCUACCCCUCAGUCUACACCUACGUGGGCAGCCUGAAGAGUUGGAUCGAUGAAACCCUGGCGGCCAGUGGGGCGCAGUAAACUAAGGAAUUUUCUAGUUAUCCGCUGAUUGCUGGCCGCAAUCGACGUUAUCUUCAAGUGGCUACUGCCCACUAUCGGCCCAGCUAGAGCUACCAAUGUACACGGCUAAUUCAAUAAUAAAACUGUAAUAAAACUAACAAAAUAA